AUGCAGGUCGACCCUCAGCAGGAACAAGCAGUCAAUCCCCAACGUGACUUUGGACCAGAACAACGCGAUAUGCUUAUUAGUGAUAGGAAUCAAGAAUUAUCACCAGAAACCGAACAAGAAGCGGCAGCAGCAGCUGGACAGACCCAACUGAGGAGUGAUAGAAGAACAGGACAAUUGCUAUGGAAAUCCGAAACAGAUUCACCAACGCAAUCCCCAAUCGGCUCAACGACGGCCGAAGCAGUCGAAGAACGUGUAGUCGACAUUGCUAGCCUGAAUCUCACCGAUGACCCACUCUGCAAUUCUGAAGACCUCAGGAAACUCAUGCUUGAUAACAUCGAUGAGAAUCUGAACAGCUCGAAGCGACUUAUUCAGUUGGCAGCAGAAGCGCAAUUCGGUGGCCGAUUCGAUGUGAUCUGCGCCAACGGAGAUUUCAGGUGGGUGAACUGA